GUGCUCUCUUCACCCAAACUGGAUGGAAGUCACGGUAAAAACAACACCGAUCUGAGAGAUCAGUUCUUACGGCACUGACUCUCUUUUCCAGGAUGCGCUGACAUAUGUGACAUGCUCACGGCGAUCGACUCGUACAGAUAAACUCCACCUGGCGUCUCCACUCUUUUGGCAGCCAUGUCUCUCUCUGUAUCUGGAAGGACCGUGUUCACUAUCCUCCUCAUUAGCAGGUUGUUAGAGAGCUCGAUGCUCAACGCCGAAGUGAAGGAAGGAGAGAUUCUACCUCCUACCAUUCAGAGGCUGAUGAAAGGAUACAACAAGUACCUCAGGCCUUUCUUUGACAAUGGUCCUGUAACAGUGGGUAUGAGCAUGGACAUUGCCAGCAUUGACACCAUCUCAGAGAUCAACAUGGACUACACCGCCACCAUUUUCCUCCGCCAGCGCUGGACGGACGAGCGCUUGGUGUUUGAGGGCAACAAGAGCCUGAGCCUAGAUGGGCGGCUAGUGGAGCUGCUCUGGGUCCCUGACACCUUUAUCGUCGACUCCAAGAAGUCCUUCCUCCAUGACAUCACCGUGGAGAACCGGCUGAUACGCAUCUUCCCCAACGGGACCGUCCUUUACGCGCUGAGGAUUACCACCACCGUGGCUUGCAACAUGGAUCUGACCAAGUAUCCCAUGGACAAGCAGACCUGCACGCUCCAACUGGAGAGCUGGGGUUACAACAUUAAUGAUGUCAUGUUCUACUGGACCAGAGGAAAUGAGUCCGUCAGCGGUUUAGACACCCUACAGCUGGCUCAGUACACAGUAGAGGACCACUACACAUCUGUCUCAGAGGCCGUUUACGAAACUGGCAAUUACCCAAAGCUGGUCUUCCACUUUGAGCUCAAGCGGAGCAUUCUGUACUUCAUCCUCGAGACUUACGUCCCCUCCAGCCUGCUGGUUGUCCUCUCAUGGGUUUCCUUCUGGAUUUCGCUGUCCUCUGUUCCAGCACGUAUUUGUAUAGGAGUGACCACCGUACUGACCAUGACCACUCUGAUGAUGGGAGCCCGGACGUCACUGCCCAAUGCCAACUGCUUCAUUAAGGCCAUUGAUGUUUACUUGGGAAUCUGCUUCAGCUUUAUCUUUGGCGCGCUCAUUGAGUACGCCGUGGCCCACUUCUGCACCCUCACUCACAUGGACUCCCACAUGGUCAUGUACUCCCACCACAUGCACGACUUCGACGAUGAAAUGAACGGCAUCAUCACCACCAUCUCCAAUCACAACAGGGCCAAGAGACGCAAGGAGGCCGCUGCAACUCCUACCCCGACUCCCGCCUCCCUAGAACUCACUGUCAGCCCGUCCAGCCCCUCGGGCAGCGAGCCUAACCCCGAGGCAUCGCCCCCGAAGCACACCCACUGGUGCCUCACUGCUCUGGCCACUGUCCGCAAAGUGCUCCGCUCCAUAAAUUGCUGUCACAUAGAGAACCCCCACCACAUAGACAACUACUCCAGAGUCACCUUCCCCCUCUCUUUUGUCAUGGUUAACCUGCUCUACUGGAUAUAUUAUCUGUACUUUUAGCAUUCGCUCGAGUACAGCAUGUGUCCCAGAGAGUGUGAGACUGAGAGUGUAUGUAGACAACUGUAUGUAUGUACAGUAAGUGUUAUUUAGGUGUGUUUUGAGAUGAGUGUGUAAAAUGUCUGCAUUUGGAUUCAUGAGCAAAGUAGCAUACUUGCAUAGGGUUGUUUUGGGAAAAGUAAUGCUUAUGAUUACAGCUCCAUUUUUCACUGCUUUAAAUUUAAUGCAAAAAUAUGCCCAUCUGACACUGACUGGAUGAGGUUUGGUCAAUGCUGAUACACGUUGAGAUAAAAAGGAACUUUGGUUACAAAGGAAAAAAUGGCCAGUCUGCCUGUUUUAGGCUAUAGUAUAUUCAUUUGAAGUGUAUCACCGUAAAGGGUGUUAUUGUCUGAAACGCAGAAGAUGGAGCUGUAAUUUGAGGCUUUAUGACAGAAUAUGCUAGCAGUGCUAAGGGAGAGCAAAUGCCUGUUCCAUCUUGAUUCUCUGUUGUGAAGGAAUGAUUAUUGAUACUACAACUUCAUCUUCUAUUUCUGCCUGCAGGUCCCUACAACAUUUAGAGAGAAAUAGCUAAAAUAAUGGAUGAGAGAAGAGGGAUAAAAAGAGAGCUGAGCGAGCUGGAAAAAUAACUUAACAAGGAGAGUGCGUUACAAACUUUAAGCCAGUCUCCGUUUCUGCUCGCUGUUGAAAUCUCUCUUUCUUCUGUGUCCUUCUAUGACUUAUUUUUAAUUCACUGAGCAGUGCUCUCUCUCUUUGCCUGCAUUUAUUUUUUCGCUGACACUAUAAAUGUAGUGGCCUUUGAUCACUUUGAUCAAAUCUGGCCAGCAGUAUGAUGACACUUGUCAUCUCACAUUGUAAAGCAGUUUCACACGAAGGGAAAAACUGUUCUUCAGUUUCACAAGGGAGGG